CUGUGUUGCGCAAUUAGUUUCGUUCGAGAGCCGCCAGCCAGAGCUAAUGAGAGGGAGCGGAGAGAGCUUGAGAGAGAGAGAUCUUUCAGAUGGUUUAGGCCUACUACUAGAUAACGCUUGUACCUUGAUCACUGGAAAGACAAGAGAUAAUUAAGCCCAAGAAAAUAGGGUGUGAUAUUUUGGCGUGGGUAAUAUAUUCGACCUCUUCUUGUCUUGUGAACAGCUUUAAAGAGUCGGCGGACGAGUACUGUAACUACCGGUACCUCACGCGCGGCCUCGCGGAAGUCUGGGCGAGCAACAUGGAUCAUUCCGCUGGUGUCGUUGUAGACGCGUCUGAGAACAAGAAGUCUUUAUUGGACAUUUUGCCUGAUUUCCCAUCAGGUCCUCUAGAUAAUUAUAGGCAGAAAGCAUCCUUUAAUUGGAAAAAACUGAAAGUUGCAGUCGAGGGUGAGGAAGCUGUGAGAUUCCAGUACCAAGUAUGGAAGACGCUGGAGAAAGACCCUCUAUUCCAACAUGCCCAGGAGCCAUUAACAACAACCAAAGCAAGGGAAGUGACUUUCCUACGAGCUCAACGCUUAUUGGCUUAUGGGUUCCCACAGUCCCUGUCAAGUAACUUUCUUGGGAAUUCUUGGCUGCUCAAGGCUCUGGUUAUGUAUGAUAUGGGAUUGUUUGCUAAGUUCAACCUCAAUAGAAUUAUGUUUGGUGAAACACUUCGAAACUCUGGAUCAUCUCGACAUGAAGCCUUGGCACAAAAGUCACAAAAACUGGAGGCAAUGGGUUGCUUCUCCUUGACAGAGCUAUCCCAUGGCACAAACACCAAGGCCAUGCGUACUACAGCUAUUUAUGAUCCAAGUACAAAGGAGUUUGUUCUCAACACUCCUGACUUUGAGGCGACCAAGGUGUGGGUUGGUAUCCUAGGGAAGUCAGCUACUCAUACCAUUGCCUUUGCCCAGCUCUAUACACCAGAUGGUCAGUGCCAUGGCCUCAAUUCCUUUGUAGUUCCUGUCAGAGACUCAAACACCCUACUACCUUUACCAGGUAUCUUGGUCGGUGACUUGGGUGAGAAGCUUGGCCAGAAUGGCCUUGACAAUGGAUUUGUAGCCUUCCAUAAUGUGAGGAUACCGAGAGAGAAUUUAUUGAAUAGACUUGGUGAUGUGACAGAGAAAGGAGAAUUUGUUACCCCAAUUGAGGAUCCGAAGGAGAGAUUUGGGGCUACUUUAGCUGCAUUAUCAGGAGGAAGGGUGGGAAUCACAUCCAUCGCAGUCUGUAACCUUAGACUAGCUAUCUCAAUCGCUGUCCGCUACUCUGCAGUCAGAAGACAGUUUGGACCCACCUCUGAGGAGGAGCUACCUGUCUUAGAAUACCAGAUGCAGCAAUGGAGAUUGAUUCCAUACAUAGCUGCUGCAUUUGUUGCAUUCCGACUGGCAGAAAACAUCAAUCUACAAUAUUCCAGGCUAGUAACAGCAGUCUCCACCGGGGAUAAGACUAUCAAUGCACUGGAGAUGGGUAAAGAGAUCCAUGUAAUGUCUAGUGCUUCUAAACCUCUUAGUAGCUGGCUAGCCAGGGACUGUAUACAGGAAUGCAGGGAGGCAUGCGGAGGUCAUGGAUACUUGUGGGUGAACAGAUUUGGCAUAUUGAGGGAUGACAAUGACCCUAACUGUACCUAUGAAGGUGAUAACAAUGUGUUAUUACAACAGACCAGUAAUUACUUACUUCAUAUGGCUCUCAGGUUACAGAAAGGCAAAAAGGUUUCAUCUCCACUGGGCUCAGUAGAUUUUCUGAAUUCAGCUGAUUCCAUUGCUAAGCAGAAGUUCUCAUCAUCAAGUUAUGAAGAUGUUCAGAAACCAACUGUUCUCCUGGAUGCCUAUCAGUGGUUGGUUGUCUAUCUUCUGCAGGAAAGUGGUCAGAAGUUUCAGUCUCAGUUGAUGGAUGGCAACGACAUGUUCACUGCUAGGAACGAGACCCAGGUCUUCUUUUGUCGGACCCUCUCUAUCGGAUUCAUUGAGUAUGUGGCUUUGUCACAAUUUGUGGAUUUUAUCAAGACCGGUGAUCUGAUACCUGAGCAAACUGCAGUUCUCACUAAACUCUGUAGUCUCUACGGUCUUUGGAGUCUUGAGAAACAUAUGGCCACUCUUUAUCAAGGUGGAUACAUAUCUGGAUCACACCCUGCCAGCCUGUUCAGAGAUUCUAUCCUGAAGCUUUGUAGAGAGCUUAAAGAUGAAGCCGUAGCCCUAAUUGAUGUCUUAGCCCCUCCAGACUUCAUCCUCGACUCACCAAUUGGUGCUUCAGACGGACAGGUUUACAAACGUCUUUACAAUGCCAUCCUCCAGACUCCAAACUGCCUUGAGAGACCUUCUUGGUGGAAGGAAUUCCUGGAUAAACCAGCUGUUGGUUCCUUACAUCCUGCAAAGCUCUAAGCAACCCAGAAGAAACAAUUCACCAUUUUUAUCAGUACAGUGUUCACAAAAAUCUGAACACCUACCCAAGUUGAUUCAGCACUGUGAAGCUAAGUAUAUCAAAUUUACAUGCAUUUAUGUACCUUGCCAUUGAUUUGUAAUUUUCAUGGAGAAUCAUACUUCUUAAUUAUUUUUGUUAAUACUUGUAUGUUCAAAAUGUUUUUCUGUAUCAAAUGUCAACCAAACUGUGUGUUGCAUGUUAAUAUACCAAGUACUUGAUUUGUUUUAUAGAUCCCAGCUAUUUUUAUAUUGAUAUGUUCUUACAAUAAAAGAAUAAAUCUGAAUUGAUAAGAGAUUUAAUGAUAUGUAUGAAAAUGAAAAAGGAAGUUGCAAUAUAUAAAACUAUAUUUCUAUUUUAAAUUCUUCAAUUGUACAUGUAGUUCAUUAACCCUAAAAGGACUGGGGGGGCAUGAUGGCCCCCCUCGACGCUUCGUGCAAUAUUUCCGUAACGCAAAAAGAUAGCACCGAAAACUUUUCUGACUUUUUCUUUGUAGUCUCGCGCAACUUUUGAGACCAAAUUCGCGACAUACAGGUAUAGCAUCGUGACGUCACAUGACUUUUUACGAGACAAUGUCAUGCCGAAAAUGGCUCAUUUUUAUACUUUGUGUACAAGUCUUUUGGAGAUGAAAUUCAUAAAAGGUGAUUAUUUUUCGUUCUAAUCGGUCUGCUUAAUUAAUUUGGAAUUUUGUUUAGUUGUUAAAUGGUCUUUAAUAAUUUCCAUUGAAAAAACAAUGAAAAACAAAAGAUGAAAAAACUACGAAAUACAUAAUAAAUUCUUAAAACAAAGAAAUACAUAAAGAAAAAAUUGGCUUUCGCAAAUUUUUUUGUGGAAACCUUUAAAUUAGAUUACAAAGAUGAGAUCUGCCAAAAAAGAAGAAAAUUUGAAGUGAAAUUGGGUGUUAAAUAUGCAAAUAAUGUUUUUCAUGAAUAAAUUUGCAUAUUUUAUUCAUAAUAAAAAAAUUAUUAUUUUCAGAUUUUUUUAUACUAUCUUGUAGUUUAUGUGGUAAGGAAUGUGCGUGCCAAAUUUCGGCGCGAUCGCGCGAACGGCUGCCGAGAUCAGAAGGGGGGCCAUCAGGCCCCCCCCCAGUCCUCAAUACAUCUCAAAUAACCCAGUUCUUUUAGGGUUAAGGUAUGGGCAUCUUUUAUGUAAUACUGUCAAUUUCUUUACAAGAGAAAUUAUAUAUGCACAUAUUGAAAUUAUUUUUUAUGCCUCAGGCAAGUGAUGGGCUGUCUGUCUCAGUUUUAUUCUUACUAUUAUAUAUAAGUUUUGGAAGAUUUGAUUGAUAAGUAAUUCAUUUACAUUCCCUUGAAUGGUAUUUUACUGUUCAUCCUAAACAAAUAUAUGGACAACAAAUUUAUGAGGGAUAAUAAUGAUAUGUUGAUCAUUGUCCAAAUAUUAGUAUCUGAAGAGCAACCCUGCGCAGCAAACCUCUGAUGAUUGUGGCAUAAAUAACAAGAAAAUAAUUUACAAGGUGAAUUUUCAAUUGAUUGCUUUUCACCUCUAUAUUUACCAUUUGCCUGGACAGUGACAAAAUCACUGUCACUGGUGUAAAAAGAAUAUAUUAUCAUUGAUACUUCUUGUUCAUUUCAUGAAUUAUGUUGAGAAUAAAAGUUUCGCAACAAAAGAUCCAAUAAUAUUUUUCUUUCACAUUUCAUAAGGUCUGUUUUAAUGUUUUUGUUAGAUGCUGUUAUUUGUUUGGAUACAAACUUUUUAUAUAAAUUUAUAAAGUACUACUACUAAUAAUAAUAAUCCGCUCUUAUAUAGCACUUAAUACAUCGGAACAACGUAUCUAAGCGCUUUACAGAUAUAUGAUUACCCCGGUCAUCGUAUUCAAUCAGUCAUUCCCGCACACAAUGUGUGCACAUCCUCCACUUCCUUGUGAGUAUUCCCGUCUGCCAAAUUCAUUUGAUUAAAGCCAAUUCUUUUCAAUUGGAAAGUAUUAAUGUUUAUAUAAAUAUUUUGAUACUUUAUUACAUUGCUAGUUCUUGUUUCAAAGAAUUCAUGGGGGAACAUGCAGAGGCGACCUUGUGGAAAUUCUCUUCCAUAGAGUUUGCAACCACCUUUAGGGGCAAUCUGAACACAUACCUGUAUAAGGGAUUUUUUUUGACAGACAACCAUUUAUGUAUUCAUAUUUAAAGGUUGAACAUGUACUGUAUAUUUUUUUCUGUUAUUUGAUCUGAAGCACCUUAAGGAUCUAAUGAGAAUGGUAAGUGUGCUAUAUAUGUAAAUCCUAUGUAUUAUAAUUUUUAUUAUAUUUUUUUUCAUUAUUACUAUUAGUAGUAGUAGUAAUAGUAUUAUUAUUAAAAACACCACAACACGGGCCUUAUCACUACAUUACUCCUGAGAUUAUUUAAAAGAGUAAUUGAUAAAAGAAAAUCUACAAAAUGAAUGUAUUCUACGUGUGCCAAUUAAAUGAAAAUACUUACUAACUGCAAAAUAAAGAAUCUUAAACUGUGGUAUGUUAAA